UGUGAGCUGCACUGGCCUGCCCUCAAUCCAUGAUCUUCCUUCGACGACACCUCAAAACGGUGUUGUCUUCAACAAUCCCCCCAAUGCCAAGCAAUCCAUUAUAAAAUCCUCUCUUUCUCCUUCUGUUUCUUCUUCCUCCAGAUCCUCUCGACGUUCAUAAUUCUUCUGUAAUUCCAACAGCUUUAAGGAUCCACAUUGGCGGUGGUGGAUGGCAAAAACCAACAAAUACACCUCCAUCAAUUACAAUCACAUCUACGACAAGGAUCUCUCCCCCAAUUCCAAAACUGGCAACAAUCCCUCCAAAAACCCAUCAUCUUCUUCUUCUUCCUCCUCCUCUUUCGCUUCUGCAACUUAUUCUUCCAUUUCUUCCGCUAACAAGUCCCAUGGCCGCAUGCUCGUCCUGACCCGUCCCACUCCCAAACCCAUCUCUUCGCCGCCGGUCCUGUCCCCUCAGCCUCAAUCUCGAUCCCCAUCUGCCGAUCCUCGUCCUGUUGCGGAUCAGACCCGUCCGCAAUGCGAAUCCGAUUCGAUCUCGCUUCGCCCUCUCGGUCGGACAGGUACGGGCGCGAUCGCGCCGUCUCCGAUUCCGAACUUGGAGAAGGACAAGGAGAUUCCUCCUCCGACUGUGACGUUGCAUAAACCGGAGAAAUUUGUGCCGCCUCACCUCAGGGCGGGCUUCGUCGGGAAGGAGGAGAGACCUGUGAGCGUUGGGAUCCGAUCUAGGGAGGCGAAUCAGAGGCAGUAUGGGAAUUACGGGUCUCCGGGUCGGUACGGUGAAGAUGGGCGGCCGAAAUCCGGCGGUGCAUAUGAGAGAAUGAACGGGGCGGGAGAGGCAGAUCAGGGGGCGAUGGUGAAUCGACCAAGAUCCAGUGGGAAUCGCCCGAAUUCUAGUGGAUGCGCUUCAACGGAUUCAUUCUGAAGUUGGAUACUUUUCCAAGGAUGAAGAUGGAUCACGUCGUCGAAUUUUUUACUUUUUAGAAUUGUUUGCCAUGGAAGAUAAACGGAUACCACCAAGGUGACAGGAUCUCAACAAUGAAGUGACGUACUUCAGAUUCAGAUUGUUAUACCUCAAGGAAAUUAUGUUUCUUUGGCUUCUUCACCCUUCUUCUGCAUUUCUGGAGAGGGAUGGAAGGUCGUUUUGGAAUGUAGAACUGACCGGCGUUAUGUAUUGUCGUCAUUUUCGUCGUCGUCGUCGUUUAACUGCUUUUAGAUCAGGGUUAGCAUCUUGUGUGGAGGAUGCUGCUGUGUUUUUCAUUUUCCAUCUCACAGUUUGUAAAACAAAGUUUCUUCUGGUGUGCGAGAAUAUUAGGUUUCUUUGAGCUUGUUGUGGUCUAUCAGUACAUUUCAUUGUUGAAUUCUUUCUAGAGAUGAUUAAUGAAAUGGCCAUUCUAAUGCAACCGCAGCU